UUCGGUAGCCUAAAAGCUAACCCUAAUAAAAAAACUUAAAAAGAAAAAGGAAAAUUAGAGAGAGAGAGAGAGAGUAACAUUUACAAGUAUUGAUAGAUAGAUAGAUUACAGUUAAGAGAGGAAAGUGGGUUUAAUGGUUUUUUCUAGAGAGAGAGAGUGAGGAGCAUCAUUGCCACCAAUCCCAUGAACACAGCUUUGGCCUCUUAUUCUUAAGAAACUGAGUGUUGAGUUGUGUUUGAGAGAGAGAGAGAGAGGAUGUGGUGGUGAUUCCAGAUGCUUUGGAAAUGGGGAAAAAUGAGCAACAACAUCAUGUGCAAGAAGAAGGGCAUGGUGGUGGUACUGAGGUUGAGGCUCCACCCUGUUGUGUUCUUCUUCGAGCAUUCAGUUUCAAGUGUCUCUUCCUCCUCGUACUUAGUGUAUCGGCUUUGGUCUCUGCAGUCUUUUGGGUUCUUCCUAGACACACCGUCACAUAUAGUUUCGAUGCAAAAGAUGUAAUUAAGCAAAGUGCUUCUGUUCAGACAUCCUUCAGACUGGAAAAACCGGUUUCACAGCUUAUUCCAUACAUCGAAACAUUAGAAUAUGAUAUAUAUGGUGAAAUAGCUCUGCCAAAUACAAAGGUGGCUAUCCUGUCUAUGCAUCAAAGCAUUACACCUAACUGUACUGACGUGGUGUUUGGUGUUCUCUCUGAUCCAAUGAAUGCUUCAAUAAAUCCAGUGUCCUUGAGUGUGCUGAGGUCAUCAUUAGUUGAACUGUUUCUCCAGCAAUCCAACCUGACUUUGACAACACCAAUAUUUGGGAAUGCAUCUAUAUUUGAGAUCUUGAAGUUUCCUGAAGGGUUAACUGUAAUACCAGUGCAGUCUGCUUCUAUUUGGCAGAUACCAGAGAUUCUGUUUAAUUUUACUCUUAACAAUUCAAUAUCUGAAGUAUUGGAUAAUUUUGAUGACUUCAAGGAUGAAUUGAAGUUUGGAUUGCAUCUAAACUCUGACGAGAAUGUAUACGUGCAAAUAACAAAUGAAAAUGGCUCAACGAUGGCUCCUCCAAUAGUGGUGCAGGCUUCAGUAUUGCCAGGCUAUGGGAGCCUCUUGCCCCAAAGAUUAAAGCAAUUAGCUAAAACAAUAACAGGCUCGGCUGGGAAAAACCUUGGCCUUGAUAACUCGGUUUUCGGCAGAGUUAAAGAAGUUAGGUUGUCUUCUUUCUUGAAGAAUAGACUACAUGCUUCCUCACCUUCUCCCUCUCCAUCUCCGGCUCCAUCCCUACAGUUAUUUGAUCAUUCUGAGCCUUCAAUUUCACCACAUCGUGCUCAUUCUUACUCUCAGAUUUCACCAGCAACUGCUGAACAACCUCCUUGUUCUGACUGUGAUGUAUCCUCACCUGCACCUUCUAUUGUACCUGAGCAUCCUCCUGAUCCCUGUCCAUACAGUGGCUUCGUACGUCAUCCAAUCCCUUCGCCAAAAUCUUAUUCUAAACCGCCCUACCCCCCUAAUUAUUCACCUGUUGCUGCCCCUACAUCAAAUUCUGCCAGCCACACAACUGAGGGAAUUUCUGAUGUGUCACGAGUAGCUGAGGUGUCCCCUGGAUCCAAGCUUCGGCAGGGUGAAGAGAUGUCUAAAAAAUUGGUGUCUCAGUCACUUGCUCCAUCCUCUUUCUCAUCAGCAGGUGAUGAUUUCCGCGGGGAAAUCUUGCUAAUGGGAUUCUGCAUGAUAUUAAUUUCUUUUGCUUUUCUCAAUGAUACCACAUUUUGUUGACAUGGAGAUGUUGCUUGAUGAAGGAUCUUCGAGACAUACAAGGACUACUGCCUAAUGAUGUUUUGCAAGUUUUGUUCAGACAAAUAGAAGGAAGAAGAUUCCGUCCAAUUUUAAUUUGCCUUAAUUUUACUGCACUCUUCAAAGCAUGCAACCACCAUGUAAAGCUCCGGUGGGUAAAGGGUCAAGCCAGAAAAAAUUGGCAGGCCUCUCAUCUAGUACUCUAUAUUCAAUGAAGCUUGAAAUUGAUCCCAAAGGGGUCAACUAACAAACAGCAUGAUCCAGAGCAAGAUUGGCUUUCAGAUGUCAGAGGAACCAUUCCUUGUUUUCGAUUAAGUGUAUGAUAUGCAAAGAAAUGUGGGUUCUUUGAGCAUCUGAAUCUGUAAAACAUCUACAGUAAUAUCUAGCAAAGAGAUAAAUUAGUCACA